AGGCCCCAUUGAUAUGACCAAAAGACCCUUACUAGUUGUUAAUUUUCCUCACGAACCCCUAUAUAUAUAAAAUGCUCAGUCUGUAAACCCUAGCUGCCAUCGUCGACUCGUCUCGGUAUCUCCAAGGUCUGCCUGAUCCAAAGGCAAUGGCACCAAAACAACCAAAUACUGGCCUCUUCGUGGGAUUAAAUAAAGGUCAUGUAGUGACCAAGAAGGAGUUAGCCCCACGACCCUCUGAGAGAAAAGGGAAAACCAGUAAAAGGGUUCACUUUGUUAGAAACUUGAUCCGGGAAGUUGCUGGUUUUGCACCAUAUGAGAAGAGAAUAACUGAGCUUCUGAAGGUUGGCAAGGACAAGCGUGCAUUGAAAGUUGCCAAGCGCAAACUCGGCACCCAUAAGAGGGCUAAGAAGAAGCGUGAGGAGAUGUCUAAUGUUCUCCGCAAGAUGAGGGCUGGAGGUGCUGGUGACAAGAAGAAAUGAGGAAUGAUUUUGCUAAUGGUGGAGUAGUAACGCUGUUAUAUGUUAUUACUUUGAAAAGCAAUUUGUUAGAGGAUUUAUUUUUGUUUCUAAUGUGGAGACUUAGAAAUUUUAUUUCAGAUACCUGUUUUGUUUGAGAGUUGACAAAUGGGAACAUCGAAUGCUUAUCAUUUUAUAUGCCGUUUUCAAUUUUACGAGUUCUAGAUGUUUUUUGACA